CUACUGUUGAUGCUCGUGAUGACGAUGGUCUCGUUGGAUGAACAGAUCUCAAGCGCUGCAAAAUCGCCGAGAUGCCUAUCUCCCAGAUCCAAGGGCAGAAAGUGUACUAUCAGCACUCGUCGCCUACUGCCACCAAUGGAACCACCAUCGUCCUGAUCCAUGGCUUGGGAUCAUCACACGCCUUCUAUGGACCAAUCGUCCCUGAAUUGAUCAAAAAUGACUACGCGUGCCUCGCUAUUGAUACUCCAGGGAGCGGCUGCUCGCAACCAGCUAGCAAAGACCGGACCCCCAAGGAGAUUGCGAGUGUCAUCAGCGAGCUCCUGAACACCUUGUCUGUCAAUGUGUCCAAAAGCAUCGUGGUCGGCCACUCCAUGGGCGGCAUGAUCGCCUCUGAGCUGGCAGUACAGGGUGUUCUCGGCAGUGUCCUGAUCGGACCUGUGCAUCCCUCACCAAACUUGACCACCGUCUUCAAUCAGCGUAUCGAGACUGUUCAGAAGAACGGUCUGGAGGCUCUGGCAGACACGGUACCCAAGGCUGCGACCGGAUCGCUGUCCACGCCGACGCACCAUGCCUUUAUCCGCGCCCUUAUCCUCUCACAAACGGCCGAAAAUUACGCUUCCCUCUGCCGGACGAUUGCGACAGCCUCGGCACCCGAGUACAGCAAGGUCAACUCACCGGUGCUGGUCAUUGCGGGGGGCGACGACAAGACGAGCCCUCUGGAGGGAUGUCAGACUAUUGUCGACAGUACUAUGAAAGUAACUGGAGGCAGCUGGGGCGCAGACGCAAAAAAGAAGCUCGAAAUAGUGGAGGGCGUCGGUCACUGGCAUGUCAUCGAGGCACCAGAGCAAGUCGGUCAGCUCAUUGUCGAUUUUGCCCAUUCACUCUAA